GGCCAGAUUUUUAUUAGCUGCUAAAUAAAGUUGUGAGUUGUUCAGGGCAAGGUCUGUCUUUACUUUCCAUGGACCUUCAGUGUGUUCUGAGGUCAGAGCCUGCUAUUCUGAUUCUGGCAUGUGCAGGAUGUAAGCUGAGAACGAGGAGUUCUUCAAGCUUGUGGAAAUUCUCUUUCCAAAUCUGGGUGCUUUUGAGAGUGUCAGCAAUGUUUGUUUGCUAAGAAACACUGCCAGCUCUUUCAGCCACCCUGGUGGGACUGGCCUGGCUCCAAGCAGCCUGGAUGAGGUCAUGAGCUCUGGAGUGACUGGAUUCAGCAUCUUACCUCUAUGGAAACAGAACCUCACAAUAGGACGGACAACAAACAGACAUCAGGAAGAAAACACCUGGUGCUCCAUGCCUUAGGAGACUGGAGCAGGUAUGGCUGAUCCCACAGGCGAUCCAGAGUCAGACAAAGACAUGGAAGAUCUGACAAAAAGCUUGGAGGAACUCUGUGAGAGCUCUAAGGAGCAGAGUGAGGAGGUGCUACUGCUUUCACACCUAGAACAGCAUCAUCAUCUUGUCUCUAUGCUGAAGAGGAAAGCACACAAAUGCUGUGGAGACCUAGAGCAGCUCAACAUGGAGCUGGAGAAACUGAGGGGAGAGGAUGCUGUGAAAAUUAAAACCCAGACCCAGCGUAUUCAGUAUUUGGAGAGGCGCUUCACGGAUCUGGUCAAAAACCAUGAAAAGAUGAUCCAGUUCAAAAAUGAACACAUAAAACAGCACAUGCAGCUGUGGGAGGAGAACAAGCGUCUGCGGCAGGACAGGGAAGCACUCUUCAGCCAGGCUGUGAGGGAGAAGGAAGCUGAAGUGCUCUGGCUGGCAGCCCAGGACAGGAAGCUCUCACAGCAGUUAUGCUCCUUGCAGGAGAAAUAUGCUUCUGAGAGUCACAGAGCCCAGGAGUGAGAGAAGGAGCUGCUGGAAGCUCAGAGCCAACAAGCAGAUGCCUACGCCCAGGAGGUGGAUUCACUGAAGAAGCAGCUGCAACUCCUACAGGAGAAGCACCAACAAGAUGCAGCAAGGGCUGAGAAGGCAGAGUCAGCAGAGGGCAGAGAGCAUCAGGCCAAGCUGAAAGAGAAAGAGCAGCUACUGAACCUGGCCAUUUGCAAAGCUCUGCAAGAUAAGGAGCAGGAGAUUCAGAAGCUGGAGGAGAAGCUGGAGACUGUGGAGGAAGCCAUGCAGAGAGCAGGAAGGUGCCUCAAGAAAGAGGUAGCAGCAGUAGACAAAGAUCUGAAGGUUCAAGAGCUCCAAGGACAGCUGGAACACAACAAACAGGUGUACAAUGAACUCCUGCUGGAGUUCGAUGCUUACAGAAAGCACAGUAUGGAUUUACUGACUAAAGAAAGAGCUCUGAAUGUCAAACUCUGUCACUUUGUUGCAUAACUGCAGUUUUUUCUCUGUUCUCCUCUCAACAGGUGCCUCUGUGGUAACAAACCCCUGAAUUUUGUUCCUCUCCAUGGGACCAUCCUCUAGUUUCUUUAUACUGUCCUCACCAGCUUAAACCCUCUUCCACUGACAGUUCUGUAGCCUUUUUGUCAUUAUGCCUUUCUGAAAGUAAAUCACUACACUCUUAAAUCUGAACAUGGAUCAUUGAACUAGUCAAACCUGUGACAUGAAUGAUUAGGGUGGAAAACAAAAUAUGAAUUUGAUUUAUU